AUGGCUGGCAGCACCGACCCUGCUGCAUUUUCUAGCGCUGCGUUUGAGGCUUUUCAUCCUUUUGGCCGGCAGCACAGUGGGUAUGCUCCUAUUGCAGAUGAUAGCGCUACGGCCAGGCCUUACAGCGGAAACGGUGCUGUCCUUGUUUCCGGGCAGCAGCUCACGGACAUGUUGCAGAAAUUGUUGGAUGCUCUUGGUCGUGUUCCGGUUAGGGAGAACUGUGAGGAUAGCUUCUCGUGGGCCUUGACUACUAAUGGAGUUUUCUCUGUUAAGUCUUGCUAUGAUUUUUUUAUGGCCUCUCUUUCCGGUCCUCCUUUGGAUAGCAAGAAGAUUUUGGCUUUAAUCUAUCUUUGGAAGUACAAAGUUCCCUCGAAAACUCUAGAUUUUGGUUGGAGAUUUAUUCACAAUCGUAUAGCCACUAGGGAUCAAUUGGUGAGAAUGGGUGUUUUGGUGGAAGGAAUGGAUUCUUUAUGUUCUUUAUGUAUGGAGAAGGAGGAAUCUUUAUCUCACCUUUUCUUAUCGUGUGAAAUCACUACUCGCAUUUGGAGAAGGGUGUUUAUGUGUCUUGAUUUAUCCGAUCUUUUGACACUCGAGGAUUUUGGGGACUUUUUCUACAAUUAUGAGAAGAUCCCUUGUUUAAACAAGAGAAUGAUAGUGGCCAAUGUAUGGCUUGCUACGGUUUGGUCUAUUUGGUCAAAGCGUAAUGCGGUGAUCUUUAAAGAGGAGCCGUUUAGCUUUACCGAAUGCAUGUCGGAGAUUAUCUUCAACUCUUGGAGGUGGAUUUCUUCUUUUCAUAAUUAG